GGCACGUAGACUGUAUAAGGUAUAGUAGCGUGAAUGCUUGGAUCGGUUGGAUCCAGGCCGGAUGGCCGGAAGUGGUAGAGCGGGAUGAUUCCUCGCCUCGUGUCGAGGGAUGUCUCGGGAAGGGAAUGUCGGAUGUCGGGUGUCGGCUCUUCCUCUCGUCCGGUUGACGCCGACGCUCGUUGUAUCUAUAGAUGCGUAAUGCCAUCGCGCCGCUAUUUUUGUCAGCGUUCAACGUUCAACGUUCAACGUUCAACAGUCAUCCGGGUCCGGGAGGGUCACGGCGCGGGGGGUGUAGCAUGUAGCUAUAUACCUUCUCGUGCAAUGUGUGCGUAUGUGCGUAUGUGCGUGUGUGGUGUGUGCGCUCACCUAGCUCUGCGUUUUCAGUUUCCGUGCUCGUAGCUCGUACUCUUGCGCGCGCGGACUCUUUAUGCUUGUCGCUUGUCGUUCGCUCGAGUUUUCUUCGCGCCGCUCCAUUCGUGUCAUCAGGGUUGCUGAAUAUAUAGCUUUUACCACGUGCUUUGAUUUAAGAAACCACGGGUCAAUAUCUCUCAUUAUUCUUUGCGGAAAAGAAAUUAAAUAAAUACACCGCUCGUCGACACAUAACCGGUCGCACACGGUGCAAGAAGGAGCAAAUUCAAAAGAAAGGUUAAAUACUCGAUCGAAUAAUUUUUUGAUAUGCGACCGCGUUAACUUUUCACGCGGCUGCCCGCCUAUUUUAAACACGUGUUUAUCAUCGUGCACGCGCGUGCCUUGUCUUGCAUUAGAUUAGCGCAGCUUUGUAAACAAGACAGACAAGGAGGGAAGGAGAGAGCAGGAAGGGGCGAGAGUUAAUCCUCUAUAGAUGCUAUAAAAGGUCCUAGCUAUUAGUACUCCUAUACGAAAUGAGCGAAACAUUUUUUAACGAGAGAUACCUACGGUAACCUACCUUCCACUAGUUCCACUCACAAUCGGAGACGUACAAGUUAACUUUGGAUUAAAAAUAAUAUCUAUGACGCGAUUUUUCGCACGAGUUGCGGGAAAAGGUAUAUCAGUUAUCAAUUAAGGAUUAUGGUGUGGUAUUACGCGCGACUGACAAUGAGGCGUUAAUACGUCCCAAUCGUCCGUGUGUCACAGCCCUACCAGUCCUACCUGGGCCUACCAUAAUAGGGUACACGGAUACCUAAGUCAGUCGAGACCGUCGAGAUAUCGCUCGAUUGUUACCGAAUGCACCGUAAAACAGGAGGCUCGUCAAAUUGAGGUGGGAAAGUAUGAGAUCUAGAGACUCCGUCGUCUAUACUCCGAUAUCCCUUGGACCCGACACUGACGAUGAGGAGACGUUGGUCAACGAGGAAGUCUACAAAAAUGACUUGGCGCAAAUACGAGCGUUGGUCGAGUCGACGGGGAUGUUGGGUGGAUCUACGUGCCCAUCCUGCGAAAUGCCAUUUGACAAGGGCAAGAAACGUCGCCUGAUCGAUUCCUGCGGCCACGAGCGCUGCUACUCCUGCCUGUUUCGCAGCGAGGUCUGUCCACUUUGUCUGCGUGGCUGCGAUCUCAACGACGACGACGACGACGACGACGACGGGUUGGAAGAACCAUCUCUUAGGGACGUUACCUCGGCACCACUGUCCACCUUCGCGCCCACGGAUGGUUGGCUCGAUGACUCAUCGACGGUGAAUUCUCUCUGUGGCAGCCCCAGGCUACGUACCAAGAUCACCACGAGGGCUAAUUUGCCAUCGCGAGUUUUACACCAGCGAGGCGCGGCAGAAAAUCUCUCGUUGAUAACGGUAGCUAAAAACUUGAAAAGUAAGGCCUCGCUACUUCCAGCUCCUUUUGCCUUUCAAGAUCGGCAAAAACUCAAAAUGACGCAAAGUUGUCCCACGCCACCAAAUCAACGAAGGAGAUUUUUUCUCAACCCAAAAGUGCUCAGAAGUUCCUUUGCCGUCCAGAGGUCUUCGAGACACGCGGCAUCCUCGCCCGAACCGAUUAUAAAUGACAAUCCUUCCGCCUUAUCAGUUUGGAUGACUUCGUCUUUGGAAGGAAAAACAAGAUGGCCCGGUGUUGUCUUGGGAAAAAUCAAGUCUCUGUGGAGCAGUAGUCAAGGCACGGCUAACGACGGGCUGAAUCAGCUCAUCGGCUCGUCGAAUAAAGUUGCAGACGAUGAGGGUGGUUGCGUGAAACCGCUGUCUUCGAAAACCAGGAAAUCAUCACAGUCGGAUCUGUACAUGAGACUGGGCCUACUAUUGGGAUCCAAUCGAGCAAACGCGAGCGUGGAAUCAAGCGCGUAUCCCUCACAAACUCCGAUACAAGGUCACGACAGCUCCGCGGCCUCCUUCAGCAGCCUGACCAGCUUCGAGACGCAGACAUUGGCAUCAACGAAUACGAGCCCAGUGUCAACGUUGACGGGCACGUCGAGCGAAGCGGAGGCCGCGGCAGCGCUGCGAUGUUCUGUCAAGCCGAAAGCCAAGGCUAAAGCGAAAACUAAAUUUAGAGACUGUGACAGCGCUGGUAGCCUAGCAUCCAUUUCCACAUCAUUGUCCGCGUCGACGUCAAUGUCCAUGUCUAUGUCCGUGUCAGUAUCAGGCCUUUCGAACGGUAGCUCCAGCCCACUCGCACCCAGAAGACAUUCCGUCAACGCCGCAGAAGCGGGUCAAACCGACGAGUUCGGCCAGUUGAAGAACAGACGAUCCUGCGCCCGGAGAUCGGCGAGAGUCAGUAACGUUAAAGGUCCCAUGGACGCGAAACUACGUUUUGCUCAGCGUCAUACGACACAGUUAAACCUGAAGCCAUUAUUCUUCGAGGUGCCGUUACUAGAGGAAGAUCCACUUUUCGCAGGACGACAGUGGUUGUUACAUGAAUUAGAAUCAGUCAUCAAUGGCUCCAGUCCCGGCAUUUUGAUUUCCGGAUCGUCAGGCACGGGGAAAACUGCACUCGUUUUACAGCUAGUGGAACAUAGUUGUUUCGGAAGACGGAGAGAGCAGCCAAGAUCGGCGAAAGAGAGCGAGGAAUGCGACGAGAGAGAGAAACAGAAUACCAACGCGACUCUGCAAGCCAAUAUUCGACAUACCAAUGAAAAGGUUCGCGAAUUAGCGUCACACGUUGUGGCUUAUCACUUUUGCCAAGCCGACAAUAACAGUACCUGCCUAGUCCCAGAUCUAAUUCACUCGCUAGCGGCACAACUGUGUCAGGCUCCUCAAUUGAUCUCAUAUAGAGAAUACCUCUUGUCCGAGUCCCAUCUUCAAGGCUCGUUGUCGCAAAGGGAAUGUACCGUUGAUCCAGAUCUCGCGCUCUCGAGAGGUAUUAUCGAACCACUUUUGACUCUGAAGAAAGCCAAUAGACUGCCAACUUCGAAUAUGAUAAUAUUGAUCGACGCCGUUUGCGAAGCAGAGUAUCACAGGCCAGACAGAGGCGAUACUAUAGCUUCUUUCUUAACGAGGCAUGCACCUAACAUUCCUAGUUGGUUAAAGAUCGUUUGCACGGUCAGAACGCAAUUGUUGGAUUGCGCGAAGCAACUACCAUAUACGAGGAUCUCGUUGGACAAAACUACGAACGAUGCGAUCGGUAACAGUAUCGCAAAGGAUUUAUCCGAUUAUGUCGGUUAUAGAUUAGCGCAAAGUCCUUCCAUCCAAUCGAAUGUAACUGCGUCGGUAAACGGCAAGGCAGAAUCAUCGUGUAGCGCGAAUCAGACAAGAUUCUCUUCACAUUUGCUCACUCUAGCCAGAGGUAGUUUUCUCUUCGCUAAGCUGACGCUUGACCUUAUCGAGAGCGGGCAUUUAGUCGCUAAAUCUGCGAGUUACAAGGUAUUACCGGUUUCUCUCGCGCAGAUCUUUCAGUUACAUUUUAACUUGAGAUUUCCUACGGCAGCAUCCUUCGACAAAGUACAACCUCUUCUGGCUGUUUGUCUGGCAGCUCUAUAUCCACUAACUCUACCUGAAAUUUUUUAUUCCAUCAAUUCUCUAAAUAUAGAUCAUUUUAUUUCAUGGGAUGAUUUUUUACAGAGAUUUAAGAUGCUCUCUGGCUUUCUUGUGAAACGCUUAGACAAUACGUACAUGUUCUUUCACCCAUCGUUCAGGGAAUGGCUGAUGAGAAGAGAUGAGGGAGAAUCAACAAAAUUCCUAUGCGACUACAGACUCGGUCAUGCGGCGAUAGCAUUCAGACUGUCUCGCCUUCAAGCGCCGUUGGAUGGUGACAAAGCUUUAGAACUGGGUCACCAUGUGCUAAAGGCACACGUUUACAGAGGCGUAGCUCCAUGCUGGCCUUCGCGCGAUUUACAAGCAAUUUGGCUGACUUUAUCGACCGAAUGCAUCUCCUCGGCAUUGUGCACGCUUCGAAACAUUUAUAGCCCAAAUGUGAAGGUAUCGCGGUUGCUCCUGCUGGCGGGUGCAUCACCGAAUCACAUUACCGAAUAUUUGGGUAACGCACCUGUUCUAUGCAUGUACGCGCACGAAGGUUCCGUCGAGAUGGUGUCUCUUCUUCUUGAGUUUGGCGCCGACGUCGAACUGACCAACAGUCAAGGCUGUACUGCGCUAUCACUGGCGGCUGCCCGGGGACAUUGUGACGUUGUCAGAAGAUUGGCCGCCGCUGGUGCUUCAUUGGGACACGUAGACAUGGCCGGCCAAUGUCCUUUGGUGCACGCGGCAAGACAUGGAAAACUAUCAGUUGUUGGGUAUCUUCUUGCUUGCGACUGGGUCGUACCAACCAGUGAAAAUAAAGCAGAAAACAGCGCUUUCGAAAUAGGCAGAGAAGAAGCCGCCCAACAAGCCGUUGUCGCGGCUGCGUCGCAGGGUCACGAAGCGGUUGUAGAGUAUCUUUUGGACAUGGCAGAGGUGAUUGUAGAUCGUCCCGAUACAUUGAUUGGCGAGACCGCCCUAACGAUCUCCGCUGCAAACGGUUUGACUGCGACGGUUUCCGCGCUUUUAACUCGCGGUGCCAAUCCUAUAGCUGUGAACACGAAAGGCCUUUCUCCUCUCAUGCUCGCCGCCAGGGAGGGACAUUGGGGUACUGUCGAACGACUUUUGCAAGGAGAUUUAUCCAUCAGCAUGAAUACAGUAUCGGACGAAAUUAUAUCGCUUCUGGAGCAACGCGAUCUAGCUGGUCGUACUGCUUUAAUGUUGGCCGCUUCUGAAGGUCACAUUAAUCUACUUGAGCUGUUUCUCGAUAAAGGAUCGAUUCUAGAAACGAAAGACAAGGAGGGACUCACCGCUCUCAGUUGGGCUUGCGUUAGGGGACGCGUAACCGCCGUACAAAUGUUGCUCGAUCGCGGCUCUGAUGUCAAUACGAAUGACAAUUCUGGUAGAACUCCUUUGGAUUUGGCCGCAUUCCAGGGUAAUCCAAAGCUAGUACAACUGUUACUCGAAAAGGGAGCCGCGGUGGAACAUGUUGAUCUUCAUGGCAUGCGACCUCUGGAUCGAGCUAUCGGAUGUCGCAAUAUACCAGUGGUUCAAUGCUUCUUGCGUCGUGGUGCUAAACUAGGUCCUGCUACAUGGGCUAUGGCAGCAGGAAAACCAGACGUUUUGAUAAUCCUAUUAAAUAAGCUUUUGGAAGAUGGUAAUGUUUUAUAUCGAAAGAACAGAUUGAAAGAAGCGUCGCAUCGAUACGCGUACGCUCUUAGAAAAUUCCCAGUUUCGCCAGAAGAAGAUUGCCAAGGACAAGAGCAAAGUCAUAUGAUGCUACAGCUUCAAACUUUUACGCAACUUCAUUUGAACUUUCUUCUAAAUCUGAGCAGAUGCAAGCGCAAGAUGAACGAAUGUACCGAAGCUAUUGAACUUGCUGAUGAGGCUCUUAGCAUCCGGCCUGUUUCUUACGAAGCAUUCUAUGCUAGAGCUAAAGCGCGCGUGGACUUAGGCAUGUUCGAAGACGCUCUAUCGGACGUUCAAGAAGCUCUUCAAAACGCACCAGCUCACAACAGACAAGAUCGUAGAGUGCUCGCAACUUUGAAAGAUGAGAUUUUCUGUCGGAUCGAUGGUGCUGGGACCAAUAAAGAACACGACGAUUACAUCGCUAGAUCUCGCCUUCGGGCAUCAGUGGAUACUCUUACUGAAUUGUAA